AUGCUUACGGCCUCCCCGGCCUACCUGUUGGGAGGGGUCUCAUUGCUGUCAGCCGUCAUACUCACCAUCAUUAAUGGCGUGUGCUAUGGGUCUUCGAGAGGUUCGAUGCUACAUACUUCUUUGACUGAGGCAGUCACAGUUAGUCUCAGCAUUAUCAGUUGUUCUGUGGUCAUUUUCUUAAUAUUGAUCUUGGCAAACGAAUCGAAAACCAAUGUUAGGACACCACGGAAAGGCUGGAGAGCAGCAACCUACAUUACUGGGAUUGGGUAUCUAGUCAUAGCGACUGGGAUAACGGCCGGAACAAUAGCAUGGAGCACAAUGCAACCUGUGGCCGAGGCAAAGGAACCCGAUAGUUCUGCACACCGGCAGCCGCUGUUGGUCGCUCGUUGUGUCUUAUGGGCAACCUCCGUUCUUACUCAAGGAAUGUUAUGCGGAGUUCUCUUGACAAUUAUGACAAACAACAACAACAACAACAACAGUCACAACCAAUGGCCGACAUUGGUCUCAUACGAGCUCAAUGCAUUAACUCCGAGUCGGCCAGAAUCGAUACGCAAAGAGAUAUCCAACGCAACCUCGUCUAUUGUCGUAUCACAACGUCCCUCCGUUGACAGUACACCUCACUAUCCACCAUCAGCUUCGCGCGCGACAUCUCGAGGCCAAACCCGAUAUUCCGGCGGGACACUGAGCCAGUCAGACUCCAAGCGUGAUUCGCUUGACCUGAACCCAGCACUCGUCUCCCAUCCUGAGGGCGCAAUAAUCCGCACCAGAGCGGACCGCAGCCAAGAAGACCAGGGCAGAUCACCACACCUCCAACGACACAGUUCACAAAUUAAACGGUCUCUUGACAGUGUAAUGUUGCGCCCUUCGUCAACCAUAUCAUCCUCCACGGCCCAGUCGGAUGCCACCACAAGACCGCCAAAACUGCAACUGCCUGACGAAAGCAAUGUCCAUCCGCUAUUUCGCUCUUCUACACGCUCUCCUCCACCAACGACUACGCCAAGCACGAUGGUCCUCGCGUCUCCAGAGGCGGGUCAGACAAUUACCGUGAAGGCACUGCAUAGAAUGAGGUCAACGCGCUCGGUUGGGACGCCAAGUACACCACGGAGUAGGUCUCCUUUGUUUGAGCAAACAGAUCACCUUUUUGAGGAUAUAGAGCAGAGGCCGGGAUCAAUUCUGAGUUGUAGCAAUAGUAGGCUCGGUACAUAA